UGGAGUAUUUAUUGAAAUAGAAAAGAUAGGCCGCCAAAUUGAGAGAGUAAAAUGGAUGGUGUGACCGUCGCCGGCAGUGAAGAUGCAAAGAGAUUCUUCGUUGCUGUUCACGUUGGCGCCGGUUACCACUCUCCUUCCAAUCACAAAUCUCUCCGAUCCGCCAUGAACCGCGCUUGUCUCGCUGCCGCUUCUGUUCUUCAACGGGGAUCAGGCCUCUGCUUAGAUGCUGUUGUCGCCGCUAUUCAACUCUUGGAGGAUGAUCCGUGCACAAAUGCAGGGAGAGGCUCUAAUUUGACAGAAAAUGGUAGUGUUGAGUGUGAUGCCAGUGUUAUGGAUGGAAAAUCUGGAGCUUUUGGCGCUGUUGGUGCUGUGCCAGGUGUACGAAAUGCUAUACAAAUUGCUGCUUUAUUGGCCAAAGAGCAAAUGAUGGGAUCUCCAUUGCUGGGUCGAAUGCCUCCAAUCUUCUUGGUGGGGGAAGGGGCUCGUGAAUGGGCAAAAUCUAAGGAUAUUGCUUUACCACCGAGUAUAGCAGAGGCCAAUAAGUGGCUGAUCACAGAAAGGGCAAAAACACAAUGGAUGAAGUACAAAUCUAUGUUUGAAGCUGCUAGAUCGAAGACCGCGAACUCUCUUCCAGACGGCAAUUCUUCUGCAUGUCAAAGUACUGAAAUGCAAGAUAAUGCUUUGGAAGAUCAAGUAAUGGAUACCGUUGGGGUUAUUUGUGUAGACGAUGAGGGUAAUGUAGCAUCUGGAGCCUCUAGUGGUGGUAUUGCUCUAAAGGUUAGUGGACGAGUAGGUCUAGCGGCAAUGUAUGGUUCAGGUUGUUGGGCGUCGUCAAAAGGUCCCUUUGGGGCUCCAUUCAUGGCUGGUUGUUGUGUCUCUGGUGCUGGAGAGCACCUAAUGAAAGGAUUUGCAGCUAGGGAGUGCAUUGUUUCAAUGUCUAUGUAUAACUGUCUCAUUUAUAAACGCUCACAGUCUGGUGCUGCCUCCGCUUGCACUAAAGUUUUACGCUCUGUUGCCGAGGAUAGCAGUAGAUGUGGUACUGAUAGCAGCGCAGGGAUAUUGGUUGUGCAGUCAAAUACAUCUAUUGUAGAUCAAGGAAAACCAAGAUUAAAAGCAGUAGAAAUUGCAGCUGCAUACACUUCCUUGUCUUUCGGAGUAGGAUAUUUUGGAAGCUCUAUGCAACGGCCUAAGGUAUCGAUCCUUAGGAGUACAAAACAAAGCAGGACUGCAAUAGAUCAAUUUGGAGCGCGAGUAGAUCUUUCAAAUGGAUAAUCGUUGUGACCACUGAAGAUUUGAUAUAGAUCUUUCAAAUGGUUAAUCUCUAUGGCCUAAAGAUCUAUCACACCUUGAUUACAUGAUUUUUCCUCAAUUUGUUAGGUUGCAACAUUUUCGUUAAGAUAGAAAUCGUUCUUUCAAUAUGUGGAUUUUGAGCAGUAUAUUUAUUUAAUAUCUUUUUUAUGUUGA